AUGCCUUCUGAUGCUUCUUCCAUUCUCGAACAAGAAGACUCGGCACAGAAGCAGAAGAAGCCAAGGACGAAAGCCCCGCGUGACGGGUCGGGCCUCUCCACAUCUGCCCACCGGGCAAAGGCCCCCAAGAAACGGGCUGAGAUUGAAAUCAAUGGGAUGCAGUGGGAUAUUUCGGAUAUUCCCAUACCGGUCUGCUCGUGCACGGGCACCCCACAACAGUGCUACAGGUGGGGAUCGGGGGGGUGGCAGUCAGCGUGCUGUACCACGGGGCUCUCCAUGUACCCCCUGCCCAUGAACACCAAGAGGCGUGGGGCAAGGAUUGCGGGCCGGAAGAUGAGCAUAGGGGCUUUCAAGAAGGUCUUGGAGAAGCUCACGGGCGAGGGCUAUAAUUUCUCGAACCCGAUUGAUCUGAGGAGCUACUGGGCAAAACACGGAACAAAUAAGUUUGUUACGAUCCGGUGA